AUGUAUGUAUGUAUGUAUGUAUCUAUCUAUCUAUCUAUCUCAAGUUAUCUAUCUAUCUCUAUCUAUCUAUCUAUCUAUCUAUCUCUAUCUGUUUCAUCUAUCUAUCUAUCUAUCUAUCUAUCUAUCUAUCUAUCUAUCUAUCUAUCUAUCUCAGUCUGUUCAUAUCUAUCUCAGCAUGUUCCUAAAUAUCUAUCUAUCUAUCUAUCUAUCUAUCUAUCUAUCUAUCUAUCUAUUCAGUCUGUUCAUAUCUAUCUAUCUAUCUAUCUAUCUAUCUAUCUAUCUAUCUAUCUCAGUCUCUUCACAUCUAUCUCAGUCUGUUCAAAUAUCUAUCUCAUCAUGUUCCUAAAUAUCUAUCUAUCUAUCUGCUCCUAUCUAUCUAUCUAUCUAUCUAUCUAUCUCAUCUAUCUAUCUAUCUAUCUAUUCAGUCUGUUCAUAUCUAUCUAUCUAUCUAUCUAUCUAUCUAUCUAUCUAUCUAUCUAUCUCUAUCUCAGUCUGUUCACAUCUAUCUCAAUUGGUCCGUUCGUCUGUCUGUCUGUCUGUCUAUCUAUCUAUCUAUCUAUCUAUCUAUCUAUCUCAUUUAGUUCAUAUCUACCUAUGUAUAUAUCUAUCAAUAUCAAUCUGUUCAUAUAUAUCUAUCACAGUCUGUUCGUGUCUAUCUAUCUAUCUAUCUAUCUAUCUAUCUAUCUAUCUAUCUAUCUCACAAACACACAGAUACUCUCUCUUUUGUAUUCAUAUCUAUCUAUCUAUAUAUCUAUCUCAAUCUGUUCAUAUCUAUCACAGCGGAGCUUCACAGACCAAGCACCGACAGCUACCUCUCCGUCUUUUUUCUUCUUUCUUUCUUUCUUUCUUUUUCUUUUUCUUUGUGAGUUGUUUCUGUCCAUCUCAGUCAAUUUCUGUCCAUCUCAUCUAUCUUCUAUCUAUCUAUCUAUCUAUCUAUCUAUCUAUUCAGUCUGCGGAAAAUACCUUCUCCGCCUUGCUCUCCUUUCCUUCUUUGUAUUAUUUAUAAAGUCCUCUUCCUCCUCUUCGUCCUCACCCCUUCCUCUCUUCAAUGACGAAGAUCUAGGUGGAGGCCCCUCCUCCACCUCCCCAGCUGCUGCUGUUCUCGAUGCUCCAGUUCCUGCUGCGCCGGUUGCCGCUGCUGCUCGUGCUGCUGUUCUCGCUGCUGAUCCCGCAACUUUUGCCGCUGCUCCCGCCGCUGCUGCACCUGCUGCUGCACCUGCUGCUGCUGCUUCAGCUGCUUUUGUUUAG